AUGUCAAUAUUUGUCAGUGGAGCCACUGGAUUCAUUGCCCAACACAUUGUCAGACAGUUGAUAGGGGCAAACUAUAAAGUGAUUGGCUCUGUUAGAAGUAAUGAAAAGGGUGAGAGAUUGUUGCUCAAUCUCGAAGAAUCACAAUUACAAGCGGACAACUUCCAGUUUGAGGUGGUAGAGGACAUUGGUACGGAAGGUGCUUUUGACAAAGCCUUAAGCUCUCACCCAGACGUUGAAGUGUUCAUUCACACAGCUUCACCAGUGAAAUUUGACGUCAAUGAUAUCAAGAAAGACCUACUUGACCCAGCAAUAUAUGGAACAACCAAUGCACUCAAAGCCAUACAGAAACAUGGCCAGAACAUUAAAAAGGUGGUGGUCACAUCAUCGUUAGCCACGGUUGCUGGGAGUAGAACAGUUCUCAAACAAGGAGAACUGGUCACAGAACAGAAUUGGAAUCCAGUUACCUGGGAAGAGGCGUUGAAAGAUGUCAGCGAUGGCUAUGCUGGAUCGAAGAAGUUUGCCGAGGAAACUGUUUGGCAAUUUGUCAAGAAUGAAAUUCCACGUUUCACCGUGACUACUAUUUUACCUGGAGUAGUUUUUGGACCACAAGCCUUCUCCAAUUUCGACAAAGACGGUCUCAACUAUUCGUCAGAGGUUAUAAAUAAGUUGUUGAAGCUAAAGCCUCAUAACGAGGUUCCACAGGGAGCCGGGUUAUUUGUCGAUGUCAGAGAUUGCGCUAAAGCGCAUAUCGUAGCCUUCCAAAAGGACGAUGCUGCAAACAAGAGGUUAUUUGCUGUGGCGGGAAGGUAUAACAACCAAGAGGUCAUUGACAUCAUCCGGUCAAAUUUUGAUGAAUUAGAUCAGAUUUUGCCCAAGGGAAAUCCCGAGGAUGCAAAGAAAUAUUCACCAAGACUGGACAGAUAUGAUCAAAGUGUGACUAGAAGUGUAUUAGAUUUCGAGUUUAUCGGAUUGGAAAAGUCCGUUGUCGAUACAGUAACUCAGCUUUUGGAUGAUUAG